AGGAGCUUAAGGGGAGCCAUAGAUGAUACCCAUUGACAACACUAGGAGAGUCAUAUUUGUGAUCAAACCAGGAAUUUAUAGGGAAAAGAUAGUGAUUCCAAAGGCCAUGUCCUUCAUAACCCUGUUGGGCACUGGAGAGAGCCCUCCCACCAUAACAGGGAAUGACACAGCAUCCACAGGUGGAAAGGAUGGGAAGCCCCUCAAGACCUUCCACAGCCCCACGGUUGCUGUCAAUGCUGACUACUUUGUAGCACUCAACAUUAGGUUUGAGAAUGCCGCGCCAAACCCCGAAAGCGGGCAGGUCGGAGGGCAGGCGGUGGCGCUCCGCGUCUCCGGCGGCAAGGCGGCCUUCUACAACUGCAGCUUUUAUGGGACACAGGACACACUCUAUGACCACAAGGGCCUGCACUACUUCAACAACUGCUUCAUCCAAGGAUCUGUGGACUUCAUUUUUGGAUAUGGAAGAUCCCUCUAUGAAAAUUGCUAUCUCAACUCCAUAGCAAAGAAGGUGGCAUCACUUACGGCGCAAAAGGGCGGCGGACUCGCGCCGAUGGAGAGCGGCUUCUCCUUCACAAGGAGCACGAUCGCGGGGAGCGGCGGCGGCCCGGUGUAUUUGGGGAGAGCAUGGGGGAAGCACUCUAGAGUGGUGUUCUCAUACACAUUCAUGGACAAGGUGGUCAUUCCACAAGGGUGGAAUAGUUGGCGCAUCCGACGGCCCGAAUCGAGUGGAGUAUAUUAUGGAGAAUAUCAAUGUAGUGGGCCGGGCGCUAAUUGGACCGGAAGAGUCCGUUGGGCCCAUUUGCUAACGGCCGCGGAGGCCCAACCGUUUCUCGGAACUCAUUAUGUUGUUGGAGAUGCUUGGAUCUUGGGCCCACCAUUACCCUAAUUUUUCAUGCAAUUUUUAUUUUAAUUUGAUGCUUU